UCGCAGAAGAAAUCAAUAACUCGAUUAAUUUUGAUUAUGUCGCGUAUUUGGCAUGUUGAUUACAAAAUUUAUUGCUCCUGUAACACGAAAAUUUCAUGUUGGUAUACCAAACGUUUCUCUGCGUAACAGUCUACAUAGCAACAACGUAUCACACAGAAAGCCGCAAGACAUAAAAAAAGCACUGGCAUCAUCGAAAUGUGAAGAAUAUCGGGAUAAACUUGCAAAAUGCCCCAAACCUCGUAAACGUCAGAAAUGGCAGUUUUUCCAACCUAAACCAAAAGUGUGUAAAGUAGAAAGCGUUGCUGAUAAUUACAAAAAAGCCCGUCAAGAAAUAGCAGACCGUACAAAGUUGAUUUUAACUAACUUUCAAGAUGAAUCGAGAUCUGUCCUGGACAAGUUCAAGAAGAACCUAGAAAUAUCCAAAAAUGCCGAAGAGAAGCAGUUAGACGAACUAUCUAACGAUGUCAAGAAAAAAGUUCAAAAGCUAAUAGUUUUGAAUCCUCCGUUCGGUUCUUGUAAACGAAAAUCCAUAAUGUUGUUCGAAUAUCGAAAUCGACAGGCUUUCGACGAAUUGCAAUGCGGCUUUCUGCCGCAAAUAAGACGAGUUCAAUAUAUCAUCGACAAUUCACAGCGCGACAUACAGGUAACCCUUGAUCGUGCCCGAUCCUUAAUACUCUCUUGUCGAAAAUGUAAAGACCAUGAAGCCUUGAAAAAGUGCAUCGAGGAGAAGGCAAACUACGCAGAAAAAAUAUUAGACAAAACGUCGCAGAACAUGAAGCUUAAUUUAGAUAAAAUCGACAAAAUACAACUGGAAAUUUUGGAGUACCAUAAAGAGAUCAUGGCGGAGUUCAUGAAAGAGUACCGUAAAAAGAACAAGGAAUUAUUGGAACAUUUGGAUAAUUGUAUUUAUAAUAUAAAAAAUAAACGAUGAACAUUUGUAAAAAGUA